AUGCAACAAACAAUAAUUAAAGAAAAAAUUUCCGUAGUCCGAAAGGGUGAAGUUUAUUUAUACCGGGUUAGCCGACGGGAAACCGAAGGAACUGAACUCAUGAAAACCCGCCUAGGGGUGAAAGUUUAUAAUUAUGAAGUCUUAACACUAGUUAAUAAUGUUCCUGGUAAGGCUCUACUAGACCAAAUUCGCACUGUUAACAAAUCUCGCUUACUGAAAUAUGAGGGAGGAGUCGGAAAAUCAACUUUAAGCCAAGCGUUAGCCGUGGAAGCCAAAAAACAAAAGAUAAAUGUUUUAUUGGCUGAUUGUGAUAGUCAGCAAGGAACUAAUGGACCCGCUAGAACUAGCCAAGGAACUUUGGAAAUUGCUAAAAAGGCUGAUUUAGUAAUUCAACCCACCGGUGCUAGCCGUGCCGACUUAAUUCCCGCGGUCAAAGAAUUUAAUGCCUUAAAAAAAGCAGGAAUUCCCACUAAAAAGUUAUUAUUUAUGCUUACUCGCUUAUCUACCCCAGCCGAAGCCAAGGCCAUCCAAGAAUAUUUAAAAAAAACGGGUUAUGCUUGCUCUCCUUUUUAUCUGAUGGAAAAAGCCAGUUAUAAGCAAGUCCAAAAUGAAGGAAAAAGCAUCACCCAAACUAAAUAUCAAGGACUAGCCCAGCAAGCGAAAGAAAAAACCGAUUUAAAAUCACUAGGGGAAGCCCCUACGGAAAUUAGCGAAAAUAUAAAAGCCCCGGAGUUAGCUCCCAAGGACAACCGCUUUACAGGAAGAAAUAGGCGAAUUUCUUUUACUUGCCGUCCAGAAUUUGCCGAGGAGUUAAGAAAAUUAGCCUUUGAGGAAAAUUGUUAUCAGAUUGAGGUUUUAGAACGGGCUUUGGCAGAGUAUAAGCAGAGAAAUAAAUAA